GUGUGUAGAAUCAGCAAGCUCGUAUUUGUCUGCUGUACUUGCCCCUAUUUGAGUUGCUCUACCAGAACUUGCCUCAGCUCUCAGCUCCCUCUGCCACAGGCUAUGGACUCACAGGUCCCAGAGAUGACCUGUCAAUGGCUGGCAUAGACAGUAGAAGAACAAGUACAAUCAUUGACAAGGACCAGGGGGUCAUAUCUCAGAAUGGUCACUCUGUGCGGAGGGAGGACUCUCGAGGCUCCCUGUUCAUGGAUGCAGGCGACAGCACUGAGUUGCAGAGGCGUGGCUCCACCAUGAGUGGCAUGGGAGUGCUGCCCCCUGGAGGUCGACUCGGGCAGUAUGAGGUCAAAGGGAUCCUGUUCUGCUUCCUGCACAUCGCCAGAACCAUCUCAGAUGACUCUCUGAUGGUUUACUGGAACAAGCUCAACCCACAAGACAUCAUGAACUUCCUCAGCCUCCUGGAAAUCUGUCUGGUACAGUUCCGAUACGUGGGCAGGAGGAACAUCAGCAGGAGUCAGGAGGCGUGGGUGUGUAAGCUCUUCUCCCCUGAGCGGCGUUCUCAGACGAUGCCAGUGAUGAGGAGUAGAGCUGGACUCAUACAGGCCAAGAUGCAGCAGUUUGGCACCAUGGACACGUCCUUCUCCCUCUCUUCAGGUGCAGGACUCUCUGAGGUGGAGGUGAACCAUCAGGCCCUGCUGGAGGGCAACAUCUCCACUGAGGCGUGCCUCACUGUACUGGAUGUGCUCUCUGCCUUUUCACUCCACUUUAAGAGCCAGCUACUGGACAGUGAUGGACAUAACCCUCUGAUGCAGAAGGUCUUUGACGUCUACCUCACCUUCCUCAGAGUCGGCCAAUCAGAGGCUGCGCUCAAGCACGUCUUUGCCUCCCUCAGAGCCUUCAUCAGCAAGUUCCCGGCAGUGCUGUUUAAGGGCCGGGUGACGCUGUGUGGUGCCCUGUGCUGUGAGGUGCUGCGGUGUUGUGUGUCCAAGCUGGGCGUCCUGCGGGGGGAAGCCUCCGCCCUCCUCUACCUCCUCAUGCGUAACAACUAUGACUUCACCAAGAGGAAGACCUUCCUCCGCACACACCUGCAGAUCAUUAUCGGAGUGAGUCAGCUCAUCUCAGAUGUGGCCCUUGCUGGUAGUUCACGCUUCCAGGAGUCUCUCUCCAUCAUCAACAACUUCGCCAACAGCGACAAGGCCAUGAAGUCCACGGCAUUUCCAGCGGAGGUGAAGGGCCUGACGAAGCGGAUCCGUACGGUUCUCAUGGCGACGGCGCAGCUCAGAGAACACGAGCGGGACCCCGAGAUGCAGCUGGACCUGCAGUACAGCCUGGCCUGCUCUUACGCCAGCACACCUGAGCUGCGCCGCACCUGGCUCCACAGCAUGGCCCGCGCUCACCUGAAACACGGAGACUACUCAGAGGCGGCGAUGUGUUACAUCCAUGUGGCUGCGCUAGUGGCGGAGUACCUACACAGAAAAAAGUUGUUUCCCAGUGGCCUGUCAGCCUUUAAGAAGGUCACACUGAACAUCGAUGAGGAGGCAGCCAUGAAGGAUGACUCUGGAAUGCAGGACGUCUACUACACCGAGGAGGUGCUGGUGGAACAUCUAGAGGUGUGUGUUGAGGGUCUGUGGAAAGCAGAACGGUACGAGCUGAUCACACACAUCGCCAAGCUCAUCAUCCCGGUGUACGAGAAACGGCACGAGUUUGAGAAGCUGAGGAGGCUGUAUGACACUCUUCAGAGGGCUUACUCCAAGGUUCUGGAGGUGAUGCAGUCAGGGCGCCGUCUACUGGGAACCUUCUUCAGAGUGGCCUUCUAUGGACAGGGUUUCUUUGAGGAAGAGGAUGGGAAGGAGUAUAUCUAUAAGGAGCCCAAACUCACAGGCCUUUCGGAGAUCUCACAACGUCUGCAGAACCUCUAUGAGGAGAAGUUCGGCUCAGAGAACGUCAAGAUCAUCCAGGACUCAAAUAAGGUGAACCCAAAAGAGUUGGACCCCAAGGUGGCGUAUGUGCAGGUGACAUUCGUCAAGUCCUACUUUGAGGACAAGGAGCUGGCAGAGAGGAGCAGUGACUUUGAGCGCAGCCACAACCUCAACCACUUUGUGUUCGAGACGCCAUACACACUCUCUGGCAAGAAGCACGGGGGCGUGGAGGAACAGUGCAAGAGACGCACCGUCCUCACCACGGCGCACUGGUUCCCCUACGUGAAGAAGCGUGUGGCGGUGGUGAGUGAGCGGCACGUGGAGCUGAAGCCGGUGGACGUGGCCAUAGACGAGAUGAGGGCGCGCACCGCAGAGCUGAACAAGCUGUGUGGAGCGCAGGGGGUCGACAUGAUCCAGCUGCAGCUCAAACUACAGGGCUGUGUCAGUGUACAGGUGAAUGCAGGUCCCAUGGCCUACGCCAGGGCUUUCCUCCAGGACUCCAGCAAAGCCAGCAAGAAAGCCAAAGAGCUGAAGGAGAUUUUCAGGAUGUUUGUCCAGGCCUGUAGUAUGGCUCUAGACAUUAAUGAGCGCUUGAUAAAGGAAGAUCAGUAUGAGUACCAAGAGGGCCUGAAGAGCAGCUUCAGGGACAUGGUCAAAGAGCUGACGGACAUCAUCCACGAACAGCUUCUGGAGGGGGAUCUUGUGGACGGAUCUUCCAGGAGGAUGUGAUGCGUUCUCUGCUGCAGAACUCCAUGCACGUGUUCCGAGCCAUCAGUGGAACCGCCCCUGACCUGGGAUAGAGGAACCUUGACUUCACACACACUCAUCGGACUGUACACACACACACACACACACACACACACACACACACACACACACACACACUCAUUGGGUUGUACAUGCACAUUGUACUCAUUAUCACAAACAGCUGUCAUCGAUUUCAAGUCAGCGUGUAGCUGGCUGGCUUGCAUUCAGACUGUGGAUCCAAACUGUGUGUGUGUGUGUGUGUGUUCCCUGGCUGGACUGCAGCUUAAACACACAUAGCAUUUUGGAUUCUCUGGACCUCUAUUAUCUCCGUCAUCUGAUCCCCUCACACACACACACUCACAAAAACAAACACACACACACACACACACACA